UUCAGUUCCACAUAUGGAGAGGAGCCCGCUUGGUUUGGGGUUGGCAAGGAGUCGGCGGUCAGUGGAUGGCAGAGACCGAUGAUGGGGCAGUUAGGCAGGAAGCUGGGCCCGAGGGUGCCUUCCCCCUGGGGGUCUCUGGGGCAGGUCCACCACCGAAAUCCGGAAGGAGAAAUCGCGAGACGCAGCGCGAUGCCGGCGCAGCAAGGAGACGGAGGUGUUCUACCAGCUGGCCCACACCCUGCCCUUUGCCCGGGGGGUGAGUGCCCACUUGGACAAAGCCUCCAUCAUGCGGCUGACCAUCAGCUACUUAAGAAUGCAUAAGCUGCUGAAUUCUGGAGAAUGGCGAGACCAGGUCAAAGCGGAAGAGCAGGUGGAUUCCUACUAUCUGAAGGCCCUGGAUGGCUUCCUGAUGGUCCUGACCGAGGAAGGGGACAUGAUCUACCUCUCUGAGAAUGUCAACAAGCACCUGGGUCUCAGCCAGCUGGAGCUGAUCGGCCACAGCGUCUUCGAUUUCAUCCACCCCUGUGAUCAGGAGGAGCUGCAGGAUGUGCUGAGCCCCAGGCAGGGUUUCUCCAAGAAGGCGGAAGUGAAGACGGAGCGGAAUUUCUCCUUGCGCAUGAAGAGCACGCUCACCACCAGGGGGCGCACCGUCAACCUCAAGUCUGCCACCUGGAAAGUGCUGCAGUGCUCUGGGCACAUGCGCUCCUAUGCGCCUUCCAAGCCGGCCGCAGGGAAGGAAGGGGAAGGGGGCUUUGCGGAACCCCCGUUGCGAUGCCUGGUGCUCAUCUGCGAGGCCAUCCCGCACCCGGCCAACAUCGAGACCCCCCUGGACAGUGGCACCUUCCUCAGCCGCCACACCAUGGACAUGAAGUUCACCUACUGCGAUGACAGGAUUGUCGAGAUGGCUGGUUACACCUCCGAAAGCUUGCUUGGCUGCUCCCUCUACGAAUACAUCCACGCCUUGGAUUCGGAUUCCGUCAGCAAGAGUAUCAACACCCUGCUAAGCAAGGGCCAAGCCGUGACCGGGCAGUACCGCUUCCUAGCCAGGAAUGGUGGUUACAUCUGGAUCCAGACAGAGGCCACCGUCAUCUCCAGCAGCAAGAACUCCCAGCCCGAGAGCAUCGUCUGCAUUCACUUCGUCUUGAGCCAAGUGGAAGAGAAUGGCCUGGUCCUGUCCCUGGAGCAAACGGACCGCCAAGGCGAGCAUCGCCGGCUGCCCCCGCCCUGCCUCGAAGGGCUGGACUCCGAUAGCACCUUGGAAGAGAUGGACCCCAACGGAGGAGACACCAUUAUCAACCUCAGCUUUGAGCUUCGUGGUCCCAAAAUCCUGGCCUUCCUGCGCCCAGCCAACAUCAGCGAGGAGGAAUUGCAGCUCGAUCCCAAACGCUUCUGCAGCCCGGAUCUCCAGAAAUUGCUGGGGCCCAUCUUCGACCCACCUGGGACCCAGAACUCGGCAGGGGGCACCGGGCGGGCAAAACCUCCCACCCCGAUUCCCAAGACGGCUUCGGUUGUUAAGAAGGUGUCUGGAAAUCCCAAUCUAUCGGACCUGCCGGAAGAGUUGAUCUUCGACAUGGAGAAUGUCCAGAAGCUCUUUGCAUCCAACAAGGAGGAGCAGAGCAUGGAGACGGCGCUGCAGGAUUACGAAGGCCUCGACUUAGAGAUGCUGGCUCCUUAUAUCUCGAUGGACGACGAUUUUCAGCUCAGCAGCACCGACCAUCCGCCGUGGCUGACCGAGAAACGAGGCGAUCCGGGGGCAGGACCCCGGCCCACCUCACCCCCUCCGAGGCCUCGUUCUCGCAGUUUCCAUGGGGUGUCUCCGCGCCCACCGGAACCAGCUCCUCUUCCCCGCUGGGGCAGCGACAGCAGUUUGAGCCAAGGCCGCCCCAUCGAGACCCCUUUGGCCAAUUCGCCCUGCGGAGAAGGCCAGAUGGUGGAGAUGGUGGCAUCGGUCAAGAUCCAGUCUGUGCAGGAUGGGACCAGUCUGAAUGGCCAGAGGUCUCCCUUGGGCGGGAGGAAGAGGACUCGGGAGAUUAGCCUGGACGAAGAGAGAGAUCUCUUCCUGGAGACCAGCCCCCCCAAGCGUGCCCAUAACCAUGAGGCUGAGGGAUUCCUGAUGCCCUCGCUUAGCCUGGGCUUUCUACUCAGUGUGGAAGAGUGUUUGGACGCCCGGUCUGAGCGGGGCUGCGGGGGCACCAUGGCCCUGGGCAAGAAGCUGCUGGCCCUGGAGGAGCCCAUGGGCCUCUUAGGAGACAUGCUGCCCUUCGUGGUGGACGGACCAGCGCUCUCCCAGCUGGCCCUGUAUGAUGGCGAGGAGGAGGUCUCCGGGCGUGGUGGAGAGCACUUCCAGCUGGGGGAGGAGCUCCUGGUGGAGCUGGACCAGGCCACCUGAAGUGGCGCCCUUGACCGCCCCCCCACCGCACCUUCAUCCCACACUCCUGCUCUGCAGAUGGGACACCCGGAACCAAAUCCAACCAAAUGCCCUCGGGGAGGGGUCCCUCCCGGCCCCUUCCCCGCCCGUCCACCCUCCACUGGCGUUCUUAGGACUCUUCCUACCUCAGUCCCGUCCCCUUCCCCAGGCAGCCUCUCCCCUCCGGAGACGGUUGGGAGGAAGGUCUCUGCCACCUCAUUUGGUGCUUAUCCACCUGAAUGUUCUUGAACCAAGAGGAAGGGGGCCAGGAGUGGGACCGAUUCCCGGAGGGGUCUGCUCUCUUCAUCCCCCAAAGGAAGAGAAAGCACCACAGAGGGAUCCCCCCAGACGAGAAAGAGCGGUGCAGCUACCCCUUGGGAGACUCAGAACCCAUGGGGCUGUACCUUCUCCUCUGUCCUCAGCUCGCUAGGACAGAUCCUUCAGAAUUCGCCCAGGCUCUGUAAGAUCAGCCAUUCCUCGGGCGGAAGGGAGGGGUUCACCCCUUUGAGGGAGGUGAAAAGUGGUGGAGGACCUACUCUGAGAACAGGGCGAACAUCCACGUUGGCCUCUCCACGACUUCCCCAAAAUACUUACGGUGCCUCCCAUUGACCUCAAACCAAGGUCUCACCUUUUGUAAAGGAAAACCAGAGAGGUCCUCGGAGCUUCUGCUCCUUAGAGGACAUUUUGGCCAGGUGAGAACACCUGUCCUGGACUCUAGCGUGAUCUUUUCCCCUCUUAAGAUGGCCAGAACAGAACGCUGGUGCUUCGGCCCCAUCGGGGUCUACUUAAAAGAUUUCUCUCUGUUUACAAAACGGUCUCAGUUCUGCACACGUUCGGUGCGGAGGAAAUCAGAUGCUGUGUAGAACACAAGGCAAGCUGGAAAGAAAACUCUCAGAGGAAAAAAAAAACACAACCCCACACCUAUUUUUAAAGAAAGCAGGCCAGCUUCCCUGAUCAAGCAGUCACCAGGUGUGUUUUGAAUGCAGGUAGCAGAUCUGUGACUCGGCCAGAUGGCACGGCAAGCACAGCAAAGCACCUCUGGAAACAGCCGGAUUGGGGAAGACGGGCUAGCUUGAAAAUUUUUGAAGCCUAGGGGGAAAAAUAACCAUGAAUAGGAAACAACCCCCGCAAAAAUUAUAAAAAACCCAACACCCCAUGCAACAUUUCGAACCUGUCAGUCGUCAAAACUUUCCAGAAAAAUUUGGGGGGGGGAGGAAAAUUGCAAAAUCCGAAAUCCUAAAAAAGGAUUGCCAAAUCCUAAAUCCGAAGAGAAAUUUUCAGGAGCCUUAAAAGUACGGUCUAAAAAAAAAAAAGAGAGACAAUCUCCACGACAAGCUUUUUGUCGUAAAGAGGAGAACGGCCGUCCUCUGUUUCUAAACUUCGAGGUGGACGGCCGAUCACGAACACCUUCGAUAACGGGAAAAACAAAACGCUUUUCGUUAAGUGAGUUUGAACCGGUGCUAUGAAAUGUUAUCCGUUGUUAGAAAUGACAUUGUUGUCGAUAUUUCAAUCACUUUUUUUUUUUUUCUACUUUAACGAAAGGGGAAUUGAAAUUUCCAAACGGUGCUCUCCUUUCUUCUGUUUUUAACACCUCGAUCCCCGUCACACUUACUUUGAAGUAAGUUGCACUAAAAUCAGUGGGGCUCAGUUCAAAGUAAUGAUGUAUUAGCUGGUUUUUCAAACUUGGCUACUUUAAGAUAGGUGGACUUCAACUCCCAGAAUUCCCCAGCCAGCAAAGCUGGCUGGGGAAUUCUGGGAGUUGAAGUCCACACAUCUCAAAAGUUUGAAAAACUGUUGUGUAGGAAUUCCAUCCAACUUUUUUAAAGCCUGAUUUUAUGAAUGUUUUACUUAGAAGCUAAUCUCAUGGUGCUCAGUGGGUUUGCUUUACUUUCAAAUCGAUCGAUUGCAAUCUUGCCAGCAGCAUGGAAAAGUGACUCUGUUUUGGCUCGUGAUGGGAAAAACAAUUUUUUCCAAUGAAAUACCCGAGUUCCAUGAUUAGAAAGUAACCAAACUCUUCGCGUUCACAGAACUCCCCAACGGGCUUAAAAAAAAACCGAGGCGCUUUUCCAUUCUGCAAGUCCACGUCUUCUUGGACAAGCAGACAUUAUCAAAACGUCCAUUCGCCUUUCCUCUUGUCCCGUCUUUGGGAUUGAGAAGGCCCACCCACUCCCCCCAAAGCUUUAAUACUUAUAUAAAGGGGUUGCACUUAAUUAAAUAAUCUUGAACGGUGGCCCAGGAAGGAGAAUGUUGGCCAGUGUGUAAGUCCCAUUGUAAUGUUAUCCCAGCGAGUAAAGCUUGAUUUAAACUUGGUUGCAACUGCCCGCAGGCAUUGACACAUCUAAGCUGCAGACACUGCAAACUAGUCCAACCCCCUGCUCAGGCAGGAAACUCUCUACUAUUUCAGACAAAUGGUUGUCCAAUCUCUUCUUAAAAACUUCCAGAGUUGGAGAACUCACAACUUCUGGUGGCAAGCUGUUCCACUGGUUAAUUGUUCUCACUGUCAGGAAAUUUCUCCUUAGUUUCAGGUUGCUUCUCUCCUUGAUGAGUUUUCAUCCGUUGCUUCUUUUCCUGCCUUCAGGUGCUUUGGAGAAUAGUUUGACUCCCCCUUCUUCUUUGGGGCAGACCCUCAAAUACUAGAAGACUGCUAUCAUGUCACGCCUGGUCCUUCUUUUCAUUAAUCUAAGUAUACAGUUCCAACAACCAUUCCUUAUAUGCAGCGGUGGUAUUCGCUUACCUUCGCCACUGGUUCGCAAAUGUGAGUACACCCACCUCCACGCGUGCGCAGAGCCUUCUGCGCAUGUGCAAAGGGUCAAAAACGAGAAGUGGUGAUGUCCAGGCAAGUGGGCAGAGCCUCCCACAAUUCACCCGCUACCAGUUCACCCGAACUGGGUACAGGCUGAAUACCACAACUGCUUAUAAAUUUUAGCCUCCAGUCCCCCCCUAAUCCAGUGGUCACCAACCAGUGGUCCAUGGACCACUGGUGGUCCAUGAGAAAAUUUUGGUGGUCCAUAGAAAAAUUAUUUGCAUUUUUAUAUUGCACUAAAUACUAUUUUUCUUUUUUAAAAAUUCAUAUUAGUGGUCCACAGGAUUUAAAAUUAUGAAUUUAGUGGUCCCUGAAGUUCGAAAGGUUGGUGAGCCCUGCCCUAAUCAAUCAAUCAAUCAAUCAAUCAAUCAAUCAAAAGACUCUGGUCGGUGGAAAUAAUCUGCCUUCUAAUCCCACGAAACCAAUUCUGAAGUCCAUAUUCCUGAAGGCAGGAUCAGAAAACACGAUAGGCCAACGACGGUGCACACCUCCCAAAUCCCAACUCCGCAUUGUGCGGAGAUGCACACACUUCAUGCUGGUUGUUGGAUACCUUCUAUGUUGUUACGCGCUUUGUCCUUCAAGCACCGCGUAGCUAGGACGUCCACGUCCGCAGAAUUAUGAAGGCCACAUCUACGCAACCGGCUCCGAACGACAGGCAGGGUAGGUCCCCCUGGCGUGCAGUGAGGCCGAAGUCUAAAUCAAGCUUAAACACUUGACCGAAUAGCCCAUCGGACCCCUGACCGAAAUUCUCCUCUCCGUGCGGCACUUCAAAUCCCCGCAGCCCUUCCCUACAAAUACCCAGGGACGUUCUGUCAGUCAAUGCCUUUAGCGAUGGGUUGGGAGGGAGGUCCCCCAAUGCGCCCAAUAUAGGAAAAGAACGAGUUUGCUUGUUUUGGGUUUUUCAUUUUUAUAUCGAGCUAUAGAUAGAUAUAUAAAUCCCUCAGUUGCUUAGCCCACUUAGGCCUUGCUACUUUUAACAGCAAAAUUUGACCUAGCUUUUUUGCAUGUUAAAGGUUGGAUUUCGCACCCGGUCCCGAACCAGGCUUACUCUGCACAAUUCACUGCUUUCCCCUCCCGCUGUGCAAAUCCUUUGGAUUUAAAAUAAUAAUAAUAAGGAAAACGGAGUGAUAGGAGACAAGUGUAAGCUAAAACCAUGUUUCUCACGCCUCCCUUAGGUGUGCGUAUGUGUGUGUGUGUGUGUGUCCCGUUGGUGCUUGUGUCCGAGUAAGGUUGUCAUUUAGCUGAUGGGAGACCCAGGGAGCCCCACUUUUCCGUAGCAGAAGUGGCCCGGUUUCCCAGCUAGGUAGCAGCCCCAGAAAGAUUUCCAUUUCAGGAGCUCCAUAUUUGUAGAACUUUUAGCCAAGUUCUUUCAUCCCUCUUGGUGCUUUCUUCUCCUCACCCCCCCCCCCCCACAUAUGUGGGGACACUCAGUAGGGGGGAGGAGCACCCAUCCACAGGCGUUAACGGGCCCACAUAGGACAGGCCCAGGUCCACGCACGAUGGCCCCCGUUUUCCAGAAUGGGGGCCCGCUCCCAUCCAGCUGGGGAAUGACCGUUUUGCAAAAAAUUCGGGGUUAGUCCCCCCUCUCGCGAGAGGUGGCAACGGGACGGGUGAGGUCUCUUUCGGAGGCUCCCCCACUCCCGUUCUCUUUCCCGAUCAGCCGCGUAGAAAACCGCACUCUUAAAGAGGGGCCGGCCCUGCCCCGGACACCAUCUUUGCCUCGGUCAUUGUUCACCCGUGCCUUCACGUCAACAACUUCACCAGCUGCAACCGCAAAACACCAACCCGGCCACGAAUCCGGCCCCUUCCAAUCGUUUUCCCGGUUGAGGAGUGAGCCCGGCUGUGGUCGGUGGCACAGCGGAAUGGGAGAACAUGGCUAAUUCCCAGACCCUCUUGCACAAGGUAGGUUCCUCCUUGGUGCCACGGAGCACGGGACCCCCUUCCCGACGACAUCGUUACUUUGCAAGUUUCGCGGUUCAGAACGCGAGAAGAUGGCCGAAGAGGGUUGUGAGGAGAACCCGCUCCGCUCGGACCUACCAACCCGGACUGUUUCCCUUUUCGUCACGAGCCAAGCUCUCACGCACACCUACGUGUACACCCAAGAUACAAGCGCACACACCAAUGCAGUACACCAAGCACGCGCAAUCUCACAAAUCGACGGGCCACAACUGGCUCAGGCAGCUGUAUUUUUUUUUUUUUUCAAAAGCCGCACUUGACAAACACGCACAGAACAAUAGAAUUUCAAAGCCAGGUGAAGAACGCAGGAUAAGAUGUCUCUCUCUCUCUCUCUCUCUCUUUUCUUCUCGUUUUUGUUGACUUUGUUAGGAUUCUAAUUUUAAAUCCCCCAGCCACAGAGCAAAGGGGCAUCUUUGCCUCCACUGACCGUCUGCUGUUCCAUUUUGCUUUCUUUGUAUCGUGUAACCUUUCGAAUCCAUUUCCUCCUCCUUCUUUUCUUAGAGAACCUGGUGGGAAAAAAAAAAAUGAUGGUUCUCCCCGAUUAUUGUUGCCGUUGCCGUUUCGCUGUUAUCAUAGGAAUUGUAGCUUUUUAACCUGAUCGUCUGCCCCAAAGCUGGACGCUGCCACCGCCUGCAGGCUUCUCCUCUAAACGUCCAGCAGACCAGCUCCUCUCGGGGAAGGAGGAGCAAGAGGCCGGUGUCUCUGGGUCGCCUGGGCCAGCGCCCGUGUCCACAACCCCUCCUCCCUUGGCCUGCAAGGGGAACGUUUCUCGCCUGCUGUGGCCGUUUGUACUUCUGGGGACGCGUCGCAUAACAGCGACGUUCGGUGCUAAAGCUCUUCCCCCUGAGCAACGGUGCUCUGUUCCUCCUUGAAUUUAGACCACGUUGUGGCCAUGGUGCUCUUGUCCCCUUUCUAAGUCACCUGGAACGGCUGCCAGCCAACACCAGCCGGGUGACCGACCACCCGCCUGAUCCCGAUGGAGAUCUGACCUCUGGCUGGCAGCGCUGCCCAAGUGCCCACGGUGCUCUUUUCUCUCGCGCCCCCUCCGCCCCGCCAGAUGACCCAGAGGCAGUGGUGCUAAGAACCCCUUGCCCCUCUCAGCCCUGACUCGGAGUUCGGUUUGAAAAGCAGAACCGCCAACAAAAGAGCCCCUCGGCUCGUCGAGUCUGCCUUGAGCGGGAACUGCAACGGAUGUCCUUCCAGAGACCUUCAGAGGAAAUGGAGAUGGCGGCAGCUCAGCGUGCCUAAAAGACCGCCCGUCUUCGGUUGCGGUCGCUCCAUUGCUAGCCAUGAGGCACCUUCCCUCCGCUCUGCAGCGGUGAUGGGUGGACGAUGGGUCAUGGGAAGCGAGUGGUCACGUCCCUUUGGUGAUGGGUGCCACCUAGCCCAAAGCAGAACAUUUACGGAGAAUCUCUAUCCUCCCGGUCAUUCUAGUCCCUAAAAGGCAACUGCACUUUCAUGUUUUUCUUUGGAAACAUUUUGCUUCUCAUCUAAGAAGCUUCUUUAGAACUAAUGAAGCUUCUUAGCUGAGAAGCAAAAUGUCUUCAACAGGAAAAAAAAAAACCAAGACAGUCCAGUUGCAUUUUUGGGGGAAAAUGCAUUUUUGGGCUAACCUUGGGACACCAAGUGGCACCCAUGGUCUGCUCUUCCCCCAACUCGGCGCCCUGCAGAUGUGUUGGUCUUCUGCUGCCAUCAUCACAGCCAACUCUAGCCAUGCUGGCUAGGAAUGUUAGCAGCAAAUAUUCCAAAGUCUGAGGGGUAUUCCAAGCUGAUGAGAUUGGGGUACAGCAGGCUGACCCACUGGCAGCCGGCCAACAUUGGCGUACUGCUCCUCCCAUCGUCUCUUUCUAGACGGAGAAGAGUGGAUCUUCAAUGGUCUCUGGAAGAUCACCCGCUCUAACUCGCUACGAUCCAGAGACACAACCUCUUGCUCUUCCGGCCACCCCUUUUACGCACACACAUCGCCUUUCGCCCAUAUGGUUGUUGUGCCAGCCAGCAUUGAUAAGAUUGAGGUCUGGAACCUGCCUCCUGGAGAAGUUUUGCCUGGUGGGCAGGUCUCCUUGAGGUUCACCCUUGCUCAACAUUCUCUGGUGCCAAACCUGGAGACCUCUGGCCCAGUAGAUCCUUGUUUUAUCUCGAUGCUAAAGAAGUCCAACUAUCUGGCCGGGUACCCUGUGCGAUCUGGAUGUGUGCCCCAGAGUUGGGUCCAGCAUCAAGUCCUCCAAAGCAGGGGUCUCCAACCUUGGCAACUUUAAAGACUUGUGGACUUCAACUCCCAGAGUUACUUAGCCACAAGUCUUAAAGUUGCCAAGGUUGGAGAUCCGUGCUCCAAAGCCUUGAUAACAUCCUCUCCUUGUCCUACAAUCCUUUGAGACCAUACAUCCAUAGUUGGGGUCUUCACCUCCCUAAAGUGCCUCGUCCUAUUUCCAACUGGGGCUGAUGGGUGCCAGUAAUUUGUUUUUAAGCCAGGUUUGCUUAUCACGGGGCACCAGGCAAAACAACGCCGGGGUUAUUGGCCGUUCAGCGUGGUGGGACCCCAAACAUUCUCUGACCUGUCGUAUAAACCAGAUCAUGGCUCGCUUUGAUGGGUCAUGUCCAAUUAUACAAACCUAACAAUUCCAGGUUUGGGGUUUAAUCGAUAUAGGCUAAGAAUCCAUGCUGUGCCAUCUCAGGAACAUUUUGAGUUUUGAACAUGUUUGUGGCAGCUUUGUUGAAAAUGUGUAGCUACACAAACUGGUUAGAGAUUAGAAGCCAAUGAUUUAACAAUAUACCAUUUUCAAAAGCUGAUGUACUGGUAGAAGAGAAUGUUUGUAGCUCAAAGUCGAACUGUGGAGUCCUUGGUGGUUUUCUUGCAGACGUUUCGUGACCCAACUAGGAAAUAUCAUCAGUGUUCAAAAGGGAGGAGGGUUGUGGAGAAGAGCAGGGGUCCUUGGUGCUCUCUGAGCUUGGCUGUUUUCUUGCAGGUGUUUCAUGACCCAACUAGGGAACAUCAUCAGUGCUGGAAGGGAAGUGGGGUUUGCUCUGUCUACAAUGAGUUUGCUCUACAGAGAGCAAGCCACACUCCUUCUAGCACUGAUGAUGUUACAUAGUUUGGUUAUGAAACGUCUUCAAGGAAGCCACCAAGCUCAGAACGCUCUCAGAAUCCCACAAAAACCUGAUGCGUUGAACUUCAGCCUUUAUCAUCCCUAUUCAGUCCGGCCUAGAUCACGGCCGGGGUGGGUGGGGCUGAAGUCCCAUACAUUCAAAAGGCACUGAAGAAUUGAAUUUAUCACACCAAGUUUAGGUUAAUCCAGAGUGACCUUGGUUUUAAGAUCAGGUUAGUAUAAAUAAGUCUUCACUUUGGAUUCAGACAAUUGGGGUUUCAGACACGUCUAACUGGGAAGGUGGUUCAAUUUUUGUUACAUCACUUUCCUAAGUUCUGAUGGCAAGGAAUCCAUCUGAGCAGUCCCUCCAGGGAGACAAUCCAGGAAUAUUAGAGGCAGCAAUUCCCCCAGAAGAUCAUCUGCCUGUACAUCUGGAAUAAACCUCCAGCUGGCAGGGAGCGUCUUAACUUGAUGUUUCUCAACCAUGGCGACUUUAAAAUGCGUGGACCUCAACUCCCAGAAUUCUGGAAGUCCACACACCUUAAAGUCGCCAAAGUUGAAUAACACUGCCAAGGGGAACCUGUGGCUGAACACCAGACCUGUCUGUAAAAAUCUGGCUGGCAUGACAAAGAGUUUUGGGAAAGCUUUUUCAAAGGAGAUAACCCUGCAGAAGGCUCCAGCGUCUUUAAAAGCUUUGGGAUUUGUUCAUAUAUAAUUUUUAUAUAUAUAUAAAUAUAUAUAUUAUUUUCCUCUUAUCUUUGUGUAUAGUUAAUUUUUUUUCCCCCUCUCUGUGGCGGGAUCAAGUUUGGCCCCUGUUAUGUCUGUAUGUAUCACUGUUGUGAAACAUAAAAUAUGUCUGGUAACAUGCAAAGGA